AUGUCGACAUGUAAAUCCGCCGCGCGGAUAAGCACCGCCGUGCGGCCGCCGCCGUCCCUCCUUCCUCGGACGCAAAUCCGCCACGAGUCCACCACACGCCGGCACAAGAAGCUGCUCACCGUGCAGCAAGCCCCCAGCUACGCACCCACGCGGCCAGAACCAACGCUCAUAUUCAAUCCUCCGAGUUCGGCACCCAGCGCAUACCACACGCCGCUCAAGUUCCUGCCCGCCAACGACAAGCGGCGCGCGCUGUACGCCAGUUUCCUGUCCACGAGCACAGCCCGCGCGCAUGCCACUGCGACGUCGCCCGUCGCCGCGCCGGGGACCCCGCUCUCGACGAAUUCGCUGCUGCCGCCCAGGCCCUCUGCAAGCCUGCCCCCGCCGCUGCGCCAGCCGUACGAGAAGAAGUACCAUCUGACGGAUGUGGAGAUCAAGGAGAUUCAGCGGCUGCGGAAGGAGGAUCCCGAGCGGUGGACGCGGGUGAGGCUGGCGGAGAAGUUUGGGUGCAGUCAGUUCUUUGUAGGGAUGGUUGCGAAGAAUGAGGAGAAGGCGGCGAAGGUGAGCAGGGAGCAUGAGAGGAGUAGGGCAAGGUGGGGGGAAAGGAGGCGCGAGGCGAGACAUGAGCGGGAGAGGCGGAAGGAGCUUUGGGGGAGGGAUGCGUAA